AUGGAACUUCCGCAGCGCUGUUGGGGCAGCUGGAUACAAAGUGCCCAAGGUGAGGACGGCUGGACACCAUGCCCUGAGAACCCGCAGCAGCAGGUGAAGUUCGCACAGAGAUCCGUAGGCGCCACGAGCUCCCUAGUGCGGCUGCAGCUUCCCUUAAAGCUCCACAACAGCCUCGCCCAAACGUUUUUCGCCCUGCCAGAGGCCCUUGGUGUGGACGGAACGGUGGCAGAUCCCUCGCAGAUUUUCGUGGCGCGCUGUGCAGCCGUGCCGCGGAAUGGCGCGGUGACGGUGGAACUGCGGGUGGAGAAGGAGAAGUUGUGGUUCCAGGUGUUGGCCGCCCAUUUGCCGGAGGUGGAUCGGUGGUUGGAGCCACAUCAUGGCCGAUGGCUGGUCCGCAGAGCCUUUCCACAGGCCACUUGCUCCACACAGGUCUUCACUUCGGAGAUGUCGAUCUAUCUGGACUGCGCACAGGUGGCUUCACCACAUCCAUCGGACGAGUCGCAGAUGCUCGUGACCUUUCUUCGCUUGGUGCCUGUGACGCCCUUGCAGUUCCGCAUGAGACACCUGCUUCGGGCGUCGCUCUCGCGCUGCCUGCAGCCCUGGUUUACCUGGCUCUUCUCGGAGAGUCAAGCGGCGGCACGUGCGGAGACGUUCUAUGUCACCCUGAGCAUCCAGAACUGCUUCAACGGGCCGCCAUUGCUGCCGGCAGCGACGGCUCAUUGGCGGCCCUUCAGCUUGGAGGAUUGGUGCCUGACGGACGAUGACAGCUUUGCAGCGUACCUUCGCCACUUCAUCGCGGCUGCCGGUUUGGGAGACGUGGACGUUUUGGGGUCGCUGGAUGGGAAGCAACUGGCAUUGCACCAGGCGGCGAUGAGCCGAGAGUCAUGGAUCUCCAUCGCCCCGCGCUUUUUGCCCAUCUUUGAGAAUGCCAGCAUCGCCUAUCGCAGAAUGGCGUCCUACAAGCUGGGCCUGGCUGAGUCAAGUCCCGAGCUGCUGGAAGAUUGCUCCCAUGUGGCCAAAGAGUUAGAUGCGCGGACCAAAAAGAGAAACAAACAGCUGGCCGCGUGGUGGGGCGGUUUGAAUACGCCCAGUCCAGAUGUCUUCUUCCUGAGUCUGGCGGCCCAAGGAAAAUGGGCGGUGAGUUGA